CGCGAAAGCACGAGAGCGCGGCUGCGCGUGCGCGAGCGGCGGGGCUUUCUCCCGAGCCGUCGGAGGGAGCCGGAGCGCUUCUCCAGAGUUGGUGAUCGAUUGGUCGUAAUCCAACAUGCAGAAGUGAGUGAGUGGUGAAAAGCAGCAGAGCUGAUGGGUUGUGAGGAUGUAAGUGCGUUUGAAGGCUCUCACACCCUCUACUCCAGGUGACAUGUUCAAGAGGAACAGCUGUCCAGCAGAAAAAUAUGACCGAAGGCAACUAAAAUCUUCAUUCACUCCCUCAAGAAAAUGCCCAAGAAUCAUGAAUAAACUGGAGGACAAGCAGGACCAGAUGAUACCAUGAAGAGGAGUUUACAGGCCCUCUAUUGCCAACUGUUAAGCUUCCUCCUGAUCUUGGCACUGACCGAAGCACUGGUAUUUGCUGCCCAGGAACCAUCUCCCAGGGAAUCUCUUCAGGUCCUCCCUUCAGGCACCACCCCAAGCACUAUGGUGACAGCACUGCUCAGCUCUACCAGACACUCAUCCGUGGCAGCUGCACCUGCCUCCGUGGUGACACUGACCCUCCAUUCCGAUGGACCCUUCUCACAGACGGAAGCUCCCACAGCAAUGACACCCCAUCCAGAUGGACACCCUCCUACAAACACCAUCUCCGCCAUCAUGGCAACAGCAGGCACCCCCCAUUCUGAAGGCCUCCUGCCCACACAGCCCCUUCCUGCUGCCAUGGCAACCACAUCCUCCCACUCAGAGGGCCAUCCUCUAGGGAAGGCUGCACCCACCAUCCUGCUGACAAAACCAACAGGAGCCACCAGCCACCCCACCACAGCACCGACCCGGGCUACCACGCGCAGGCCCCCCAGGCCUCCAGGCUCUUCCCGAAAGGGGGCCGGUAGUUCAUUACGCCCUGUCCCACCUGCACUCAGUGGCCACUCUGGGAGGAAGGAGGGCCAGCGGGCUAGAAAUCAGAGCUCCACACAUCUGGGGCAGAAGCGGCCCCUGGGGAAAAUAUUUCAGAUUUACAAAGGCAACUUCACAGGGUCUGUGGAGCCUGACUCCUCCACCCUCACCCCCAGGAACCCACUCUGGGAUUACUUCUCCUCGCCACAGCCCCAGACAGUGGCCACAACGGCAGCGCCCAGCAGGACCUCGUGGGUACCACCCACUGCCCCCCUGGUGCCUGCAGAGGACAAGCCAGGCCUUAGCAGAGCAGACCAGGGGGGUGGUUCCACCUUCACCAGCCAAGGAGUGGAGCUGAACGCCACAGCAGCCUCAGGUGCCCCUACCAGUCCACAACCUGCCCCAGUGCCUUCUCAGCGCCCCCGCGGUGACCCACAGGACAGCCCCAGCCACAGUGACUCCUGGCUUACUGUCACCCCUACCACCAACAGACCUCUGUCUGCCAGCUCUGGCGUCUUCACGGCUGCCACAGGGCCCACCCAGGCUGCCUUCGAUGCCAGUGUCUCAGCCCCUUCCAAGGGGAUUCCUCAGGGACCAUCCUCAACCCCACAGGCCCCAGCGCACCCCCCCGGGGUCUCAGAAAGCACUGUUUCCCAAGCCGAGGAGAAGGCUGCCGCUACCCCCACCAUGACCGACAGGGUGCCCAGUCCCCUCUCCACAGUAGUGUCUACAGCCACGGGAAACUUCCUCAACCGCCUGGUCCCUGCCGGGACCUGGAAGCCUGGAACAGCGGCGAACAUCUCCCACGUGGCCGAAGGGGAUAAACCCCAGCACAGAGCCACCAUCUGCCUGAGCAAGAUGGACAUCGCCUGGGUGAUCCUGGCCAUCAGCGUGCCCAUCUCCUCCUGCUCUGUCUUGCUGACCGUGUGCUGCCUGAGGAAGAAGAAGAAGACGGCCAACCCGGAGAACAACCUGAGCUACUGGAACAACGCCAUCACCAUGGACUACUUCAACAAGCACGCCGUGGAGUUACCGCGGGAGAUCCAGUCCCUGGAAACCUCUGAGGACCAGCUCUCAGAGCCCCGCUCCCCAGCCAACGGCGACUACAGAGACACGGGGAUGGUCCUCGUUAACCCCUUCUGCCAGGAAACGCUGUUCGUGGGAACCGACCAAGUCUCGGAGAUCUAAGGGCCGCAGCCCCCGCGUCGCCAGUCCCUCCUUUCCACCUCCAAAUUAUAAAUAUACACAUAUAUAUGAUAAAUGUAAUCUUUGUGUAACCCUGACUUAAUGAGAAACAUUUUCAGCUUUUUUUUCCCUGAGAAUUGUCAACAUCUUUUUUAUAAGUGUGGUUUAAAAAACACUUUACAGAACAACCCUUGGCUUUAUAAAAUAAAGUCUUUCUAAGCAAAGCGGUUGGCCUUCAUUGCUUCUCUUCCUGACUGUCCGUGAGCCCCGGGGGUUCCCAGCAGCCCCGGGCAGGUGAGGGAAGAGACUGGCCUGCAGAAGUGGACUGUCCAGAUGGUCACGUGCACGGCCCCUGAGUGCUGCUGAAAGCUCUGGUGCCUCCUGACUUGGUGUCACCCCACUUCCCCUCCGCCUCGCACUGGUGAGGGGAACUGGGCCACCCGGGGGGAGACGGCACUCACGCACGGAGCAGGACAAGGGGACAUCUCAGCACCGCCGAAGAUGAGUGACGUCACAACGACACCACGGUCGAGUGUGAUUCCGGCCGAGUUGCAGGCGGCGGGCAGGAGCAUGCAGCCCCCGGAAUCCAGGGAGGCUGUGAGGCACCUGAGGCUACGUCCCCCGCACUUCACAGGACAGGGAGCUCCCGCCGUGCUGACAGGACUGCCUUUCCCCGAGAUAGAAGGCUCCCCCUUAAGCACACGCCUGCAUCCUCUCCAACAGCCACAUCUGCAUUACACGUGCCUUCCUCUGGAGAGGGUUUAGACGGGGCUGCGGCCCUGGAGCCUAAGAACGCUCGCCCAUCUUCGAGCCCAUCUUCGAGGAGCAAAUGUCUAUUGGGGAGCAGCUUUGUUUUCUCAACAGGCCAUCGCGCGGUGGCCCAGAGGAACGUGUCUAUGUAGAAGCCUUGAGGCGUGGAGCCGUCAUUUUGAAACCUUCCUCCAGCGAUCUUAAAAAAACAAGAUCGCCAAAGCAGGUCGCUCCAGAGAAGACAUCCUCUCUCCCUCCUCGGUUGCAGACCUGCUUGGGGGGCAGCCGGUGGCCCUGCCAUCCCGCUCUCAUGUCCCGUCUGCCCAACCUGCGCCCUUCCUCGGGGUCAGCCGAUGCUCCCCCGGUCCCGUGCUGCGUCCAGCUUGGCCCAUGGGUCAGACCCUCCGAGACGCAAGUCGGGCUCCAGAGAUGGCUGCUGCUCCAUUUUUCCCCUACCAGGUGGUGGCUGGGAGAGAAGACGACUGCUCUGACACUUCCUUUCUCUAAAAGAAAAAUAGUUUGAUAGUAUAUUUUGAAUAUAAAUGUUCUUCUAGUUGGAUUGGGAAUUGAACUUGAAUGUCAAUUCAUAUGUUCGUGUCGUUUCCGUGGUGUUUUUAUCAUGACUUUUUCCUUUCUUGCUACAUUUUCCUUUAAAAAAAAAAAAGAUGGCCUUCAAAACUGUCUGUUGUCAAUGUUGUACGAACCUACUUAACGUGAGCUCAGCUGUUGUCUCUUCGAAGGCUUUUCAGCCCACGAAGAAGCAGGUGAAGUGUUGCUCUGAGAUUCCGUUUCCAGUGUGCUGUCUGACCUUUGAACCUUAUCAUAAUAUUUCUGUCAGCUCUCGCAUUUAGUAUACCAAUGUGUGUGUAUAAAUAUAAAGAAAUCUGUUUGUAAAUUUAUAUAUAGCAUAUGUAAUCAAAGAUACAUAUGUUAUAUAUACACAUAUGUGGAUGUAUGACUUAUUUUUCCUUAUCCACAGAAUUCAGCUACCGUGUAUAUAUAAAUAAACUUAUUUUA